UACCUCGUGCUAAUGUUUACAUUUUCCUCUACAGAACUUUAAGUCGGUUACAUCUGGUUCAGCCAACGGUUGAAAACGUGCAAGUUGAAUCAUCAGUUGUCACUUAUGCAAAAAAUAUUGUAAAGGUAGUAGUUCUUCAAAAAUUAUUUUCGCGAAAUGCAUGGAAAAUGCCAUUAUUUGUUUUAUUUAUUAAUAUUUUGAUACAAUACAGACUAUAAUAAAUAUGCAAACCAUUUUAAGAAUCUUUCGUAGUGUUAGUUUUCCUGUAGUGAGUAGAACUGCAAUCCCCAAAUCCCGCUUGCACUUUAGAACUACCUCUGCAUGCUUCUUAAGUAGAUCUCACUCUUUCACACCCAAACGCCGUCAUGACUGCAUUUUACCGGACUGUGUUUGGCCUUCUAACCUACCCCCUGCUACUGAAUGGGGUUAUGGUAAAAUAGGACCGGAUACCUGGCCUUCGAAAUAUCCCGAUGCUGGCGGAAAAAAGCAGUCGCCUGUCGACAUCGUGACAUCAUCUGUCCUGCCCAAGGAAUUCGACCAGCCUUUAAGAUGGAAAUACGGCUCGGAAAAUUCAACGUCUAUAGUUAACACAGGGUGCGGCUGGCGUGUUGACGUUCACGGUAGUGAUUCUGAAUUAUGUGGAGGUCCACUAUUGCAUACGUACGAAUUAGUGCAAUUUCAUUGUCACUGGGGCAGUUCCUAUUCAUGUGGAUCAGAACACACCAUUGAUGGGAAAUCUUAUGCCGGUGAACUGCAUUUUGUCCACUGGAAUAAAGAAACGUUCCCAACCUGUGCUGAUGCUAUUCCGUCUGCAGAAGGCCUUUCUGUUGUCGCUGUAUUUUUACAGGAAGGUGAAAUGAAUUCUGAAAUUGAAAAACUGUGUGAAGUGAUACCUAGUAUUCUAGAAAAAGACCAAAGAGUAAACCUUGAGAAUGAUAUCAAUCCAGAAUCUCUGUUUCCUUCAGAGCAUUCGUACUGGACAUAUAGUGGUUCUUUAACAACUCCUCCAUGUUAUGAAAGUGUGACAUGGAUAAUUUUCAAGAAUCCGAUAACUGUAUCAGCAGAGCAGCUGAAUUGUUUUAGGCAGAUGAAAAAUGCUCGUUGUGAUGUAAAUUCUGAAAGUUCUGGCCUGGUGGAACAUAAUUAUCGUCCUCCUCAAUCCUUAAAUGACAGAGUGAUAUUUGAGAGUGUCUGCUGAGAACCAGCCCCAGAGUACAAAUCUUUAAGAACAUAUCUGCAUUAGUACAUCUGAAAUGUAUAUUAGUAAUUAAUAUAUAUUUGUCAUUGUGAACUUAACAGUCAUAUGUAAUUUUUGAUCUAAAUUUUAGAAAAUAAAUCAAUUUUGGUUAAUAAUUUGUGUAUUAGAAAAUAGAUUUAAAAUAUUUUCUUAUUUCCAUGUUGCAUCAAAAUAUUUCUAACAUAUUAAACUGCAUUAUACCAUCUGCAUUUUAAAGUAAAUAAAUUUUGAUAUGAAGCUUUCGAAAUGGCGAAUAAUUAAGGUUUCAUUUUAGUGAUAUUUAUAAUGACUACAGAAUUUCACUGGAACUGAUAUGAAUCUAUUAUUUUUAAAAAUCAUCAGAAAAAUUGUUAAUUCUAAAGGAAAGAUGAAUCAUCAAAAUAGAUACAGGUAGAAAAGUUACUAGAUGCAUUUGAAUCCUUCCCUAAGGAAUAUCAAAUUUAAGCUUGAUAUUGUUAUGAAUUUUUCUUGGUAAAUUUUCUUAAAGGAAAGUACCAUGACUUUGCUUGUAAUUGAGUUAACGUUUUUAGUAUUUGAAUUUUCUGUCUUAAAAGGGUCAGUUUUCUUCUACAUAUGGAUGCAUAUUAAUUUUAAAAGUGCUGAGGGAGAAUUAAAUAUUUUUUUUAAACCUACUUUCACACUGUACUUGCAUAGUUUUAAUGCAUGCUGUCAUUAUAGUCUUUUGAUUCCUAUAUAGUUUUAAUCAACGUCACCAAAUAUUAAAUAUGUGUGCAUUAAUUAUUAUUAUGAUUAUUUUUAUUUUUAUUUUUAUUUAAUUUUUUUACUAUGUCAUUCAUUUUUCUUGCAUUCAUAGCAGAAAACUUGAUUAAAUGUCUAUUAGUCAAAAAUAUAUAUGCAUAUAUCAAUUUUAUCACAAAAUUCAUAUGGCUAUGCUGUAGUACACAGUUGUACUCAGAAUUAUUCUGAAUAAUAAUGGGUUUAAAAUAAUUAUUUAUUUCCUUUUUGUAGUAUACAUAAAAUCCUUUAAUAUCCCUUAUAGUUUCAUAGCAUAAUAAUACUAGUAUCCAAUAGUUAAAAAUUUAUCUUCAUAAAGUUAAGUUUAUUAUGUUGACUAUCAGUCUGAUAUAUGCACAUUAUGUAAAAUUUUAACAUCUUGGGCUGAUUUCGCUCCUGUGGUUUUUGUCAGACACAAAAAUUGGUUCGAGGUUACUGCCAGUUGACAAGGCCAAUAUUGUAAAAAUUAUAUGUAGGAAAGCUUUUUGGAUGGAUAAUUGAUAGUUACUGUUUGCUUAGUACCUUUAUAAUUAUCACUAAAUAAAUAUUCCACCAAAAUUUAGCCAACUUUUAUCUGGAAUUUUCAAAAUACAUGUUAAUGUUUGUUAAUUUUCAUUAUUAUUAUGAAUUAGAGUUUUGGCAUGUAUUGGACAUAAUCAGGGUGCUUUUGUAAUAAUAAGCGAGUAUAAAUGAUGUUUAUAAUAAAUUAAUAUAUAGUCAAUAAUUAAUUAAAAGCUUUAUUAUAUUUAACAAAUAGAUGAUAACAUAGAGGAUGUUAAUAAUAAAUUAAAAUUAAUCUAUGGACAAUAAUUAAUUAAAAAAACCUUUAUUAUACUUAAUGACACAAUAUAGGUGAUGUUUAUAAUAAGUUAAAAUUAAUCUAUGGUCUACAAUUAAAUAAAAACCUUUAUAUGUUUUACAACAUGAUUACCAGUCUACAGACAUACUGUAGGUGUUACUACAGACAUACUAUGGGUGUUCUAAUCUUAUCAGUGAAGUGAAGAGCUUUUAAAUUCUAUGAUAGGGGGCAUUGUAUGGGACAAUAUUCUUUCUUAACAGAUAUAAAUGCAUGUAACCAGUAGUGUACAUUUAAGUCAAAUGCAUCCUAAUAUGGCCAGUUUGUUAUACUGUUCAGAACUUUUUAUAUUUAUUAAUGUGUUUCUUAAUGAGUAUGUAUGUACAUAUAUAAUUAUGUAAACAGUUAUGUAAUUUUUGACUUUUUACAAAGUAUUUAUAUAUUUUUGUCUGAUAAUUGAAUGAACAGUCCUAUAAUUAAUUUAAUAGUUUUCUAUAUUUUUAUGAGUAAUUGCGUAGAAUGCUGUUGAAAUGUUGCAUAAUUAUCCUGUAUUAUAAAUUGUAUACUGAUGCUUAAGUAUUUGGAUUUGUUGUUCUCGCAUUUGCAAUGUUAUAACUUUAAUGCAUAUAAUGGAACAAUAAUUAAACUGUACGAUUAAUGUGAAAUGAUGACUAGUUACUACAUUUUAUGUCUUAAUUACUUUAUUUACAUUUUAUGCCUUAAUUGCUUUAAUUUAUUAAAUGCAAAUUAGUAUAUAUAAAAUGAAAAGUAAAUUUAAAAUUUAUUUUCCAGUGUAUUAAAACUUAUUGGUUAUUGUUGUUAUUUUUAUUUUAUUUCAACUUUUUAAUAUGUACAUAUGUCUAAUUUAAUCAAUAUUAUACAUAUUGAUUAGUUUUGCUGUUUUAGUGCAAAUUGUUCUUUAAUUGAAAAUGUACUUAUAAAGUUAUCUUAUAUACUUAUAUAUAUUCUUUUGCAGUGUUUCCCAAGUUAAUGAAGGGCACAAUGCAUCUUAAUUAAUGUUAAUGUAACCUCCAUAAAAAGUUUUAGAAAAACAUUAUUUUAUUGAGACUUCAAAGAAUAAGAAUGCAUAAUUUUGAAAUUAAUUCUUAAAAGUAAAAUAGUAUAUCAAUUUCAAAACGCAGUAUUCCAAAAAUUUAUUCAUUUAUAAUCGCUGUAUUGUUUUCAGUACUUUAGUCAACAAAGGCAAUUCUAACUUUAGGUAUUGGACAAAAUCUAUCUUUUUUAUGAUUAUUCAAGCUUACAUUAUGUUUCAAACUAAGGUAUUUUAUAAUAUUUAGUUUAAAUUCUGUAUGAAUUUCUUUUUAAUUUUUAUUAUGUUCUGUUUGUUCUUAAUUCAUAAACACAAUUCAUUGCUGAAGGAAAUAUAAAUUAAUUAAUGCAAAGUGGGAUUAAGCAUAGAUAAAUACACUGUAUCCACAACAGUUACCUGGCCUUUAUUUUUGCAAUUGCUGGUUGUGGACAUAUACUUCUAAUCACAAAAUUGUUUUAAAUUAUGUGCAAAGAUUUGCAUUUUUGUAUUUUUUAAUUUAAAAAAAAAAAUAUGUGCUUUAUAGAAAAUUAACUCUUUAUACAUUCUUCCAGUCUCUUUUAUAUUUAGGAAACUUUUGUACUUAUUAUGAAAAGGAAAACACAGGUAAUUCUUCAUUUAAAAAUAGUGGAGUAAAAUUAUGCCUUGCUUGUUCAUUUCUUUUUAAAUUAUAAAAACAUUCUAUUAUCUGUGUGAAAUAUUAACAUUCUACAAUGCAUUAGCUUGGAGAAACACUUCUAUACUAAUUCAAAUCUGUUUCUAUUUGAAAUUGUUAUCAACUGUUUAUUUCCUUUGUUGGUAUCUCAGUAUAUGUCACUGGUCUGUUCUAGAUAUAUUAAACAAACUUUUUGGAUAAGGAAAAGGAGGAAAAUUAUUAUUAUAAAAAUCCUUUUGUUAUUGUUAUAAUACUGUUUAGUAUUAAAAGGCAGACAUGGUGUUUGAAAUGUGUACUGUACAUAAAUGAAGCAUUCAGAUCUUGGAUUAAGACUUUUAGAGGCCAUAAACACUUAAAAGAUUUUGGUAUCCUCUCAUAUAUUUAGUCUUGUUUUCCCCCCAUUUAUUCUUUCUCUAUUUUGGUUUUGCAGCACAUUCUAUCAUAAAACUGGCAGUGGAAAUUUUUUGUGGUGUCCCUUUCCUUGAGUUCCUAAGGACCUUUUUUGUAAUUGCUUCUUUCCGUGGUGCACAAGCACAUGCUUAUUUUGCUUAGUUGUUAAUCCAGCUCUGGAUGCACUGCUCAUGUUACUGUACAUAAGUGUUUUCUAUUGUCCAAAUUAAAAUCAGUUUUUCAGUGUUUUCUGAGGAAUCCUAUUUUUUGUUGGUGAUCGAUUUCACCAUCCUUCACAACGUUAGCCAAUUUAAUUGCUUCGUUGUUUUUUUACGGUUGUAAACACCAUUGUACUCGGCAUACGAUAUGCAGUAACCAAGUACCAGAUAUACAUGCCAUUUUCAUAUUUUUCAACAAUCUUUUUUUUUAACCUUCAUAGUGAUUUUAACCAUUUUCUUUGCUACUUGACUGUGCUCAUUAACUUUCUUAAAACUCAUUACUAAGGAAUUUAUGAAAAUUAUAUGGGAAAAAAAAACACAAAAAUGUCUUGAAAAUGCAGAAAUAUCGUGUGGUUAUUUACUAAAUAGUAGAAACAGGCAUACUUAUGUUCAUGGGCAGUCGUAAUAUCGUUUCAAAAAAGGUAAAUAAGUGUAGUUCUUGCAGUUAUGGCUCAUUGAACUCAAGCCUUAUUCCAAACAAAAGUUUCCACACCCAAACAGGACGUAUACCAAAUUGGAUGUAUUUAUUAGUGGACAUAUACCGAGGUACCACUGCGUGUUGUUCAUAAGCUGUACUUUUUUAUUUAGCGGUUCAUAGAAAACGGUAAAAUAUGUAUUUUUAUAUGAUAUAUCUAUUAUAUUGUGUAACUGAUUUUAUAUUUUUAUUAUACUGUAUAUAUUAAUCUAUGCAAAAAUUUGUACAAACAAGCUAAGUGUAAAAAAGCUUUUUCAUUUUUUUAGAUUCAUGAAAUUUUUGUGCAUGCUUUUAAAGCAUGUGUUCUAUGCAGCAUGUAACUGUAUUUAAAAUGUCUUUCUUUCAGCUUGCUGAGAAUAUUUUACUAAUUGUUGGUUUUAAAUAUUUUUUGUAACUAUUGCCUCCUAGGAAUUUUACAAUUUAACUAAAAUUUCUUCUCAAUAAUGUUUUUCUUAGAACUUGUAGUAAAUAUAAUGUUUAGUUUUUAAUGCACAAAACUAUAAUUUUCCUGUACAAUAAUUGGAUUUAAUUGUGCUAAAGUUAUUGAGCAUUUAACUGUGAUUGAGUUUUUAUAUUCUCAGUGCAUCAAAAUGUUCAUUUAUCGUAAUAAGGGGUCUUUAAUAUAGAGAAUAUGAAAUGUGAUUAGAAAAAUAUUUCAAAGAAAUAUGUGUCAUACCGUUUAUUAAUAAGAACAGGAUAUCGGAUUUCUUAUUCAUGUUAUAGGUAUUUGAUGCAGUUCUAAACGCAUAAUAUUAAUCACAUGUGAUUUUCAUAUCUAUAAAAUUCGUUGCGAAAUCUUCAUUACUCAAUUCAGUUAUGUAGCAUAUUUUAAAUUGUAUCUUAAUUAAUGUAAUUUAGUAAAAAGUACACAUUCAUUAUUAGAUUAUGAACAUAGAUACCAAAAUAUGUUUUCAUUAUACACUAACAAAACUAAAUGGAAAUACUUGCAUAACAAACAGUUGUAUAAAUUAGUUUCAACCAUAAAAAAAUUGAACUUAAAAAAAAAAAAAAUCUCUUCUGCUAUGAACAUUAUACAAGUGUACUUAAUUUUGAAUACAGUAGUAAUCUUUCGUUAAAUGUUUGAAUGUCACCUCAGAAAUGCUAUAGAAUGUUUAAAAAUCUAGUAUAUGUAUUGUAUAGAAUGUGUAAUAUGUUAUCGAUAACAUUUCUAAGAAACUCAAGAUUACGGAGAGUUUUUUAAAAUCUAUUCAGAGUGAUAUCGCAUGGUCACAAUUCACUGUUUCCAUCAAUAUUCCACUCCAGUUAACACAUCAAAGAAAAUGAUUUUUAAUGACGACAUCAUUCUUUUCUUCUAUAGCGCUACACAAUCACUACUCUAGCACAAACCAAGACAUUUGCUGAAGGGGUCAUGUCUGUACUAUGCACAGAACUUUCUUGCUAGACAAGACAACUGCAUUAUAUUACUAAAGUGAGUCUUGAAUCAUUUAUAAAACUUUGUGAAAAAUAUAAUUUGUGACUCAAAUUCAGGGUCCUACACAAAAGUAGGUGAGGUGCAUGGUCUGGGUCUUCAAAUUCUUUAAUAUUUAAAAUAGUGUUCCAGUAGAGUUACCUGAUUCUGGGUAAGAGAACUGGUUUCAAUGCUUUUCUUUCAGCCUACACGUUAAAUUAACAAAAUAAAAAAGAACAGAACAAAAAUUUAAAGACAUAUAUAUAACGAAGUAUAUUAAUUUUCUUAAAUACAGUUAGUUUAAUCCCAAAAAAUUAUUUAUUAAUAUAAUGCAGAAUUCCAGAGUUUCGCAGAAUUCUCAAGUAUUUUCUUUUUUACAUUUUUGUGUUGAUUGCUUUUACAAAAAUCUAAAAUAUUACUUAUUUUUGUGGAUUCAGUGCAUAGAAUGAUCAUUAAUAAUUAUUUAUGGAAAAUGAAUCAGAAGUAGCGUUUCCCUUCGUUUUAUCGAGUGCUUGAGUAACUCAGAUAAAAUUGUUUUUACAACAGUAAUUUCGGUAAAAGCUAAUUUUCCAUAAAUCAUGACAGAAAAUUUAGUAUCUUCGUAAAUAAUCUUCUUCAUAUGCGCUUAAUACCUCCCAUUUCUUGACUUUCAGAUUACUUCUGUUGGUCUUCAUUUUCUUUUUGAGGGCUGUUAAAAUUUUCCCUUUGGAUAUUUUCAAGUGAAUUCAGUGAUGUAUGCAUGCCUAUAUAGAAUAUUUUUAAUAAAAACUUAUACCUACAUCUUAAUUGAAGAUAAGAUUAUUGAUAGGGAAAUUAAAGUUAUAACACCUGCAAAACCGCAGACAGACAAGCGAACGAAAAGUGUUCUGUUUUGCAGUUCCUGUAUAAAAGUAAUGCUUAAUUAACGACGAGAUAAAAUUUUGGUUAUUGGAUUAAAAAUCCUUGAUGGCACUGAAUGAGAGUUCUGUUGUAAUCUGAAAUUAAUAUUUCAUCUUAUUAUAACAUGGACGAUUUUAGUAGUGUUAUUUUGGUAAAACAUUGGAAAUAAUUUAUUUAGUAAAUUGUUAAUGAUUAACCUUUUCGUAGAUGUGAAAUCGGAAUCGACAUCCUCAAAUAUGUAAAUGUUACUGUACAACUGUGGUCUUCAGGCUGUGAACUUUGAGUUUCCUAACAACUCCUCCUCUAGGGCUUCCACAGGUCAAAUCCAAACUUAGAAAAUUGUGAUACUGCUUGGAUCUCAAAUCUAAAAUGAUAAGUUAAAUAAUAUUUUUUAUUUCUAUUGUUGUUAGCUAAAAUGAAUGAUUUUCAUUUUAGCUAACAACUAAAUUAUGCUAAAUGAUUUUCAUUUCAAUUUUCAUAGAAAGUGUAUUAAAUUUUAAUGUAUUUUCGGUGCUUAUUUAAUAUUUAUUUUUCUAAGGAUGGUAGGGGCAGUGGCGGACCUACAACUAUUAAGGCCCGGGGCAGAAAUCUUCCUGGGGCCCUCCUUAUUGAAAUGAUUACCAUACGUAUGUCAACAUAAACAUAUAAUUUAUUUAACUAUAAUUAAACAGAUAAAAUGAUUUGGAAAGCAAGAAAUCUUAAAGACUUAAAGCAAAAACAACAUGCAUCGAGCAGACAAACAUAUAUUUAAAAAAGCUUAUUAAUCUGCCAUUUUUUAUGUUUUAAAAAAAUGCUGCUCUGUCAAUCAAAAAAAAAAGUUAAAACUGUUUUUUGCACGCUUAGACUUCUGAAAAUUUUUUAUAGCUUUAUCAAAAUUGAUGGUUUUAGCAACUGGCUUUUAGCUCAAUGGAAAAGACUUCCAAACCAUAAGUCUUACUUGGUUCAUUGUUGAUCAGAGGUUAUUUUUAAUCAAUUUUGGAAAGGUGCUCUCGCAAAAAGCAACUGAAACGUACACUGUUAAAAAAGUCUUUAAUACCAAAUAUAAGUUCAUUUCCACAAUAAACUUUAACAUUUUCAGAGCAAACCACUUUUUAGCUUCAUCCUUUCCACUUAUGCUAUUUGAAGAUAAUGUCUUAACCGUUUAAUUUCAUUUUGUUCUAUCUGAUGAAAAGUUUCCUUGAAAUUUGGAAAUCAGCUUUCGAAGUUACUAAUCAGUUUAGCGGCCCUAAUGACAGCUUCGUACAAAACCAUAUCGUAAUGAUGAAUCUUUUGAUAAUUUGCAACAGCGACUUUGUGAUUAAUUUGCUUUACAAAAUUUUAAGCUACUAGACUGCACAAGUAUAGAUUUUAACAAAAUGUUUAAAUUGUAUAUGUGUUAACGUGUAAAGACUGCUAAAUACCUUAUGGAGACAAGCACCUUAAAAUAUCCACAAAAUAUAACACAUUUUAAAGCUCAGAUCUUUAUGACUGGUUUAUGAGCAUGAAAUUUUGUUUACUGAUUUCGUACUCUUAUUAUAUUUGUAUACUUAUUUUACUUUAUUAAUAAUGUAUUUGCUACCUUUCUUUUAUGUCCCAAAUAUUAAAAUAUUUUAAAUACAUCCACAUAAUAAUAUUGUUAAUAUGUUUAUUUAAUUUGUAUAUUAUGCACUGCAUUAUAUAACAAGAUCAGCAUUUUUAUCUAAUUUUUUUAUUCAAAGUAGAAGAAUAAUGCUCAAUUACAAUGAUCUACAUUAAAAACAAUAGAAUUAUAUUUCUUAAAAAAUAAUAUUUUAUUUAUGUAUUUAUUUAUUUCUGUAACUCUAAAAUCAGAUAUUUUUAACAUAAUUAAUAAUUUCUAAAAUUUUAUGGCGAGAGGCACAAUAGUUGUCCUUUUAAACUCACUUAGGGUUUAUUAAGCUGGUAAUUUUAUUUUUUUUUAUUUUUUUUUUUUAUAAAUUCUGACCAAUGGUUUCGGAGAAAUGAUGCAUACAAGCAGGAAAAUUAGCAAGGCUGAUCGAUCGCUUCUGACAGGCUGUGUGAAAAUGUUACGCAUUCUCCAUAACUGGUUACACCUACUGGAAAAAUUUCGUGUUACUGUACGGAUGAUGAGCGCAAAUGUUACUUAUGCAGAGCUGCCAUGUGCGUAAUUGUCACGCCACUACAUAAUCAUCUUCCCAGAAUACGAAGUCCCUUUUUUAUAUUCCUGCAGAAAGGUAAAUAUUCCUUAGGUUCUUUGGAGGGCCCUUCCUGAUCAGAAGCCCAGGGCUGUCCGCCCCUUUCUGUACGCCACUGGGUAGGGGCUCCACCAGAAAAUGUAACAGUUAGGGGUUCUUUCGGCCUGAAAGCCACACCUUUAUAUGCUGAUGCAUUUACUUAAUUUAAUAUUUCUAGGGAUAUGUAAAUGUUCUUUGUAAUGAGAAAUCUAUCUGAGUUGUUCUAUAGUGUAAUAAUGAAGUUGAUGACACUGUAGUUUAUUUAUGCAAGAAUGCAGAUUGUAGAUAUUGUCAACGCAAAAUGGAAUUUAGAACUAAUUUAGAAAUGAAUCAACUGUCAGUAAAUAUUGAAUUGCAAAUAUAUAUAUAUAUAUAUAUACACAUGCACUCUGUUCUUGUCAUGUACAAUUUAGAUCACUAUAGUUUGAGAACUGGAGCUGAAAGAUUUUUCAAUUAAUAGUGAUUCACUAUUAAAAAGUGAGACAACAGACAACGAUCUCAUGAGGCAAUACUGUUGAUACUACUGUAAUAUAAUAUUUUAUUUAAUGUUUAUAAGUCUAUAUAUGUCUGAACUUUAUUAGUAGAAUAUAUGUCUGUUUAGUAUUGAAAUAUUUUGUGUUGCAUUUUGUAUGUUUUAAGGUAAAGGAUUUGUAGAACUGUUGUGCCAAACGAAGGCAGAACUUCCAAAUAAUGCAAAGUUUAUUUUUGUUAUGUUUUAGGAGAGCAUUUAUUGAAAGUUGCAAUAAAUUUAACUUUCAAGUGUG